CAUUUAGACCAGCAGCCAUUCAUGUUGUUGGACUACUGCUGUCGUUGUUGUGGAUUCACACUCAUAAAACGCCAUGGACCCUUCUCUCUCAAGACUACACCCAGUGAUACCUGGGUUGUCCUGCAGAAUCUGUUGAUGUGCAUGGUGUGUUUCUACUCUCUCUACUACAUUGUGGUGAGUCUCUGCAUCGGGCUGCUCAGGGCUCAUGAGAUCAACAGCUUGUUGGCUCCUUUUGACUACACAACACAACCGUCAUGGCAGAACCCCAAAUACCUGGUCGGUGUAAUUUCCACAGAAGUGACCUAUGUUCUGGGGGGGCUGGUGUUUGCCUGGAUUGUAGAGGAGUGGGUCUGGGAUUAUGCCAUAACUGUCACGCUGCUGCAUGUCGCGAUGACUGUAGCAGUGAUGUCAGACUUCCCUUCAGCUGAGCACUGGUGGAUAGCUCUUGGUUCAGGUCUGGUGAUGAUGAUAUUUGGAGGACAGCUUCUGGCUUACAAACUCUUCAGAAGCAACUUUGUCUAUCCGGCUGAACUACAGAACUUCUAAUGAACACAACAAGGAAAGCUUUUAACUGGCUUACUGGUUAAUCUCUGGUCCGGAUGCAUCUCAGUGGGUUCACUAUUCAAAGUUUGUACUGCUAGGGUCAUGAUAUCAUUGGUAUGAGCAACUACAGUAUGUCUAUCAAGAAUAUGCAUGUUUAUAUUUUCGAUAGACACUGUAAGUUUGUUGAUUAGCUAAUACAGAUCCCCCUGUACAAAAGCCCAAGUAUGUCUAUUUAACAGUGUUUUUUAAACAUAUUCUGUACAGUUUAAAUAUUGUUUUGUAUUUUUUCUUUAUAAACUCUACAGUAGAAGAUAAAGGUAGCAGAAGACAGCUGUAGUAUUUUGUACUUUGUACUUUUGCAAUGGUGAGUGAAGUCAUAUUUCUGUGUAAUAUUAGAGUUUAUUUAUGUGUCACAUAGCAGAGCGUGCAGUGUAGCAGUCUGAUGAAUGAAAUCAUUACCUGUUCAGACACUGAGGAGAAAUCAAAUCAUAUGUCUGCAUGUGGUGACAAAAUUGUGCUUGCAGGAAGAAAAUCUACAUCCCUUGGAGCUUCAUGGGUUUACAUUAAAAACUAUGAGCAAAAUUA